AUUGAGGGCCUGCCGGUUUGGUGUGAGAUCACAUAUGAAGGGCCGUCGGGCAACAAAAUUUGGCUUGCAGGCAGACGUGGUGACUCUGGGAGUACAUCCAGGAGAGCUUCGCUGAGAUGUCCCUGGAGGAUUUCCACUACCCUAAAUUUGACCCAGCAGGAUCAACUUCAGCGCUAAUCCCCUCGUCGGAUAUUUUGGAAGGAUGCAGGUCCCCUCCCAAGUUGUCGUCCUACUCUGGCUGGGUGCUGGAUCAAGUGAUCUCCCAGUCUCUGCAGGAAACACCUCUCUCCCGAAGUUCAACACCCAAUGAAUCCAUUCCCCCUACAGACGACCAGUUGCCCUCCCUUGCAAAGACCACUUCUCCUGCCAGCCAGCUGGGCUCCUCACCACUUUCAUCUGCAGUACCCAGUGAAACAAAGGGCAAUGAAGAUCUUAGUCUGCUGGAGACAGACCAUGAAGUCCAUCUUAUGGUUCUACCAUCUAAAGUUACAGAAGUGGAAGGCUGCAUAUGGAUGUACGAGGAGGUCCAUAGGUUGAAAGGAAAGGAGGAGCUCAGGCAGCGGCAGGAGCAGCAAGAGCAGGUGGUGAGGGCGGUUUCUGAUAUGGCGAGUGAGCAGCUGAAACGCUUUGAUGAGCUGAAGGAAUUAAAACAGCACCAGGAAUACCAGGACCUGCAGGAAGUGAUGGAGAAGAGCUCCAGGGAGGCCCAGGGUCAGCAGGAGAAGUUGAAAGAGGAACAUCGACACAGAGCAAAGAUUUUAAACCUGAAACUUCGUGAAGCAGAACAGCAGCGUCAGCGUCAGGAGGAGUUGGAGCGUCUGCGCAAGGAAGAAGGCCAGGAAAGGUUGCGUCGCCUCUAUUCCAUCCAGGAAGAGGUGCUGCAGCUUAACCAACAGAUUGACCCCAACUACAGACAUAAAGACUUGCCAAGGAUAGAUCUCUCUGGGUUCAGUAACCGUGGCAACCAGAUCUGCGGGCUCGUGUCAGGGCUCAUUCGCACCACUAGUGAGAGAGGUUUCCCUACUCAGGUAGAUGUAGCCAACACUGAGCGAGCACUGCAGGAAAUGCGAGGGUUAAUAUCUAGCAUGCAACAAGAAAUUGCCACCGCUUUGGAAGAGAAAAGGAAGCAGGAUGAAGAAGAGGAGAGAGAGAGGCAGAAGGAGUUACAGAAACAAGAACAGCUGAAGGCCCAGACUCCAGUCCCUGCACAACAUCCGCGGGGAAAAGAGCAGAAGGAAGUAUUAGGACUUCAGGUUAAGGCAGAGGAGAGCACAAUGCAGUGGUACCAGCAAUUGCAGGAUGCCUCUGAUCAGUGUGUUGCUUCCUUUAGUGGAUUGACUGACUGCAAAGACAAUCAGGUGAAGCAUAUCAGAAUGGAUCUCCAGAAAGCAGCCAGCAUUCCUGUGAGCCAGAUUUCUUCCAUAGCAGGCUCUCAGCUAAGAGAGAUAUUUGACAAAAUCAAUACCCUUCUCUCUGGAAAGUCUGUUCAGUCUGGAGGACGAACUGUGUCGGUGACUCAACAUCCACAGGGUCUGGAUUUUGUUUAUUACAAACUGGCAGAGAAAUUUGUGAAACAAGGAGAGGAGGAAGUGGCUUCUCACCACGAGGCGGCUUUCCCAAUUGCUGUGGUGGCUUCAGGAAUCUGGGAAUUACACCCCAGGGUGGGAGACCUCAUUUUAGCUCACCUGCACAGAAAGUGCCCCUACUCUGUACCAUUUUAUCCUGCGUUCAAGGAGGGGACUCCCAUAGAAGAAUAUCAGAGGAUACUUGGUUAUCAAGUUAAGGAUUCCAUGGUAGAGCAGCAGGAUAAUUUUCUUAAACGGAUGUCUGGAAUGAUCCGUCUUUACGCUGCUAUCAUUCAACUACGGUGGCCUUAUGGAAACAAACAAGUGAGUCACCCUCAUGGGCUGGCCCAUGGAUGGCGCUGGCUGGCUCAAAUGUUGAACAUGGAGCCUCUCUCUGAUGUGACAGCUACGCUUCUCUUUGAUUUCUUAGAGGUGUGUGGCAAUGCACUCAUGAAACACUACCAGGUCCAGUUCUGGAAGAUGCUGCUACUUAUCCGAGAAGACUAUUUUCACAGGAUUGAAGCAAUCACCAUUUCUGGACAGAUGGGCUCUUUAAUGCGGCUUAAGCAAUUCUUGGAGAAAUGUUUGCAGCGGAAGGAAAUUCCUUUACCAAAGGGUUAUCUGUCUUCUUCCUUCUGGAGGUCAUAAGUUGGUUCCUUCCCAUUUUCAUCUUCACAGGAGUUCAAAGAAUUUCCUGACCUGGCUUCUUAUUACAUUCAGGAACAAGAAUACAUAGAAAUGUAAAUCUUACAUUUGUAUUUACAUGGAUGCUGUGGAUAUUUUCAACUGAAACAUUUUUAACCAUCUUUGAUCCUAUUUUAUGUUGAACAGAAUUUGGAACUUCAGUAACUUUUCUCAUGUAACUUCUUUUGCAAAUUAUUUUAAGCCAUCCGUUUGCAUUUGAUUAGCUUUACAGACUGUAUUGUGAAGUGUAUUAUGGAAUAUGAGAGGCUCCUUCACAUCUUGAACAAGUACAGUGAAUAAGUGUCAAGUGCAUAAACUUGUCUAAAUGCUCCAUUAGACUUCAGGGUUUACUUAACAGUAAGCAAUGGCUUUCAGGUGGGAAUUUUGCUCUGCAUUGAUCAAUCUGUCACAGUUUUACAUGAAAUUGCAAAUAGAAAUACCUCAGUAUUUUAGUCAUAUUAAGGUCUAAAUGUAAGAAAUCCUUCUGUAAAACUUUAUUUUUGCAUUUUAUGUGAUUAGGUAUUUUAAAGUUAUUGUUUCAUUGUUAACAGCAUUGGAGCCCCUAGGAAAAUUCAUUUUG